AUGACCCCCAAAGCCGACUGGGCGAUGAUUCAGCAGCCUUCCGCAAAUGGAGAGGGUUGGGAUGUUGCUGUGCUGAACAGCCAGCAGGCAUGCCGUGCGGUUGUCGAGGAGUGGCAGACGAGUCGCCGUAUCCGGGCCAAUAUCAAGCCGGGCACGUCUGCGCCAGGGGUCAGCCAGGUUUUCUACAGUUACGGCAGCGCAGAGACCCAGUGUACCUUCUCCUGGCGGCAUGAGUUCUCCAUCGAAGGCCAUGCUGUGCACACGCGCGGCAAGCAUGGCGACAAAGAGAAAGCGAAGGCCAAGGCCAGUGCGGAUGUCCCACCACUCCGUGCGAUGACGAACUUGAUUCGCGACCGAGUUCGAGAGGAAGAGUGGCCAACCAUGGGGGCGUUGUGUAGCGCCAGGAAGCAGAAUUUGCAAGCUGGCAAGGGCACGGGCUCCUCUGCAGACUACCGCCUGGGCCAAUGGAAGACUUUCAUUCGCUCUGCUGCGUUCGUGCCCUUCGAUCUGAGAGCUUCUGAGGCUGCUGCCUGGAAGUGGAGCGCUUGGGAGGCAGACUCCGACCGGGGCCACUGUGUGUUCAGUUGUCCUGCGCUUCUUCGUCGAGCCGCGGAGUUUGCUGUCUUGGCCGCCGAGGGUGAAGCUGAAGGCGUGUAUGCCACGAUGGACCCCACGUACAAGCUGUUUGGUCCGGACUGGGCGCUCCAUUGCUUGGGCUUUGGCGCCUUACACUGGGACGGGAGGACCAAGGAACAACCUCGCACCACUUUCUUGCCAGUCUUUUUCGCCGUGAUACCCACGGAAAAAUCGACCAACGUGAAACUUGUUCUGGAGACCAUGUCGGCCGUGGCCGCAGAGGAGCUUGGCCUCGACCUGGGCAUCUUGCUACACCAACUUCACACAGGUGGAGCUCCGGGAAGCAUGGAUGCUGCCAGACAGGUGUGGCCACGGGUCCAGCUCAUGCGCGACGUCCGGCACGUCAUGGAGAACGUUCUCGACUGUGGGUGUGGGGCUGUGGACCAGGGUGCAUUGCUGCAUCACCGGAUGUUCCGUGCCAUUACUUGGUUGUUUGGUCUCUACUCUUUGGCUUCCGCAGCUGCUGAAUGA